AUGCUACUGCUGAAAGUUCUGUGGAUUUGUAUUUUGACGAAUAACAUCUCAUGCUCAAUGUAUUAUUUAAAUAAUUUCCACACUGACUAUCCAGAUGCUCAUGUAAUCGUUGUGGGUUGUGGCGACACCGUAUCACUUUCCUGUCCGACAGACUCAGACAACGAUCUUUUUCGAUCAGCAUCCUUAGUACCAGCAAUGUGGUUUCGUUUAUAUGAAAAUGCUUAUCCUCAAGCAUUGAUUCUUGGUGAUCGUCAAUUAAUUGAUGAUCAACGUUUCAUGUUACGUACACAAAAUCAAGAUCGUCAUCUUGAAAUAGUCGGCGCAAGAAAAGACGAUCAAGGUUAUUAUAUCUGUAAGACGGGAAACACAGUCCGAUCAAGUUAUAACUUAACUAUUAUGACUGAUACAUGUAUUGGUAUCAUUCCCAAUCACACGCAUGUUAAUAUCAAUGAUCCUAUUCGUCUUGUCUGUCGUAUACGUUCGACGGAUGCAUUUAACGAAAAAAAUAUACGUGUGCAGUGGACACGGAACGAGUAUCCAUUGGUCAAUAUAGCUGAAAGUCUUUCGAAUUACUCUUCUAUCGAUGGAACGUUGUACGAAACAUUAAUCAUACGAAAAGCACGAAAAAUCGAUACGGGGACUUACACGUGUCGAUAUGGUUCACUUUUAUCUGCAACAGCUCAUGUCAUUGUCAAUCAAUAUCCUGGUGGUAGUAAAUCACGUCGUCUCAUCUCCCAGAUCAAUGGGAACAAAUCCUUCUUGAAAGCAUCUUUACGAACAGUAGUAGUCAGUCUUUUUAUAUUGUAUAUCAACUUGUUUUCGUCAUCACCUCGUAAAUAUAUAUAA